AUGGCCGGACCCAACCCUCAACAACUGGCCUUGCGAGCUAGCGGCUCCAACAAUCUCACUGAACAUUUGUACAAAGUUCUAGUCAUCGGGGAGUUCGGCGUCGGGAAGACAUCUUUAAUUCGUAGAUAUACAGAAGGUUACUUUUCACCAAACUAUAAGCUGACCAUCGGUGUGGAUUUUGCAUUAAAAAGUUUAGACUGGGACAACAAUAUCAAAGUGAAUCUGCAACUUUGGGACAUCGCAGGACACGAACGAUUUGGUCACAUGACAAGAGUCUACUACAAAUAUGCAAUUGCUGCCAUCAUUGUCUACGAUUUGUCCAGGCCGGCAACUUUUGAUUCAGUUUUGAAAUGGCUGGAGGAUGUUAAUUCCAAGGUGGUUUUAUCCAAUGACCAGCCAGUGCCUGUCAUGCUGUUAGCAAACAAGUGUGACCUUGAAGAUGGAUCCUAUGAAGAUGAGAAGCUGAAUACUUUCUGUAAAGAACAUAAUUUUAUCGGAUGGUUCAAAACAUCGGCAAAAACAAACCAUAAUGUUGAUGAAGCCAUGAAUUUUCUAAUCAAGCAUAUUUUGUCAUUACCAAAUGGAGCCAAACAGGCAAGUGAUCAUACAUCACUGUCAAGCUCGGUGAUGUCAGAACUGGAGGAGUCCUAUUUUGAUGGUGUCACUGAAAGCAAGAGAGAUAACUCCUGCUGUCAUUCUUAA